AUGGGAAACCCUCGAAUUAUUGUCGUUGGCGCUGGUGCUGCCGGUGUUGCCGCGGUUAGCAAACUCUACCAGAGUGGCCUCACGAAUGUAACACUUCUCGAGGGGUCUCAUCGUUAUGGUGGGCGCAUCCAUACGACUCCGUUCGGACCAAAUGAAGGCAUGGUCGAGCUUGGUGCACAGUGGUGUCACGGUGAGAAGGGAAACGUGGUAUACGAGCUAGCAUCGACUUUCCCUGGUCUCCUCAAAUCAUCAAUCAUAGCCGAAGGCAAUAUUUUGAUCCGAUCGAAUGGGGAUCGGGUCAAGCAAAAUUUCUUUGAUCGUUUGAUGGCUUUCUGUGAGCAAUUAAUUGAAUCUGAGGAGCGCUACAAGUUCAACGGAAGCUUGGGCGACUUCUUCACGGCCAAAUACUGGGAAACAUUGAAAACGGAUCCCACGUUCCAUGAUAUUGAUCGUGAGCUGGCGGAGCAGUUCCUGGUGUACUAUCAUAAUUACAACCGUGGAUACAAUGCGUACGAUACGUGGUUCGAGGUGGCCGCACAGGAAACCGAUAGCUAUGAGCCAGCCGAAGGAAACCAGGCGAUGGCAUGGGCUAGUCCACGAGGAUUCUCUGUUAUUCUAGAUAUCCUUUCGGGUAAUCAUCCGGACGCCAACGUAAAUGGUUUUGUACCGUUGGAUAAACUGACUAGUUUCGAUAAAUUUGUGACGAACAUUAAAUGGCUCGGUACACCGAAUGGCACCGUGAUCGUGUCCACUGAAGAUGGUAACCGCUAUGAGGCCGAUCACAUAAUCCUGACCGUUUCGUUGGGUGUGCUGAAGGCAAAUCAUCGUACCAUGUUCACGCCGGCCGUACCAUCACUCCAGCGGAACGCCAUCGAAGCUAUUUACUUCGGAACCAUCAACAAAAUCUUGCUUCACUUUGACACCCCUAUUCCGGCGCAGUUUGGUAAUGUUGUCCAUCUGCUUUGGUACCAGAAGGAUCUCGAAGCACUGCGAGCAUCCCAACACGCCUGGGCAGAAGCUGUGGCUACCAUUUCGUUGGUAGAUGGCAAACCAAAUGCACUCUGCGCCUGGCUGAAUGGGGCUGAAGGCCGAGCUGCCGAGAAGCUGCCGGAUGCAACGGUUCAAGAAGGAUUACUCCAUCUUCUAAAGGUUUUCGCAUCUAACAUGGAAUUCGGAAACGUUCAGGCCAUUUUAAGAUCAAACUGGUCAUCGAAUCGCCUGUUCCUCGGCUCGUACUCUAGCCGUUCGAUGGACACAGAACGGCUGCAAACCGGGGCAAAAUACCUGGCCACUCCAUUGGCAGACUCCGAAGGAAAACCAGUCGUCUUGUUUGCGGGAGAAGCCACUAAUCAGAAGCAUUUCGGAACCGUUCAGGGAGCCAUCGAGAGUGGUCAGCGCGAAGCAAAGCGGUUGCUUGAUCUGUACCUGUAG